AUGUCUCUCGACUGGCAAGUCAUCACCCCACUCCAAAAAAUUCUUUACAAGCUCUGCGCGGAAUGGUACACCACAUCCGCACAGAAGGAAGACGUAGUUUACUCUACACAUUCCAUGUUCAUUUGCUUUGCUAUGUUGUACCUUGGCUCUGACGCCAACACCAAGAAACAACUUGAAAGUGUUUUUGGGUAUUCCUCAAUCCCGGAGGAGAAAUUUUUGAACACGAUGGGACAAAUUGUUCACAAAGAGCCAAAUCAACAAACCUGUGUUGAAAUAGUCAACGCGAUUUGGGCGGGAAUGGACCUCAAAUUUAAAGACCAAUUUUUAGCAGCAGUGGCAAAGAUGGAGUGCCAAAUGAAGAACGGUGACUUUAAAAAGAAUUGCGAGGCUGUGAGACAGGAAAUUAACACCUUUGUCCAAACAGCAACAAAGGACGUCAUAAAAGACUUUAUCCAACCAGGUGUCAUUUCACCAGACACCGUCUCAGUCAUUAUCAACGCGAUUUACUUCAAGGGAGAGUGGGACAAACCGUUCCACAUAUUGCCCAAUAAAAUGGAGUUUGAAGGUGCCGGGGAAGUGACUGCGAUGAAAGUCAAUGUUGACUCGUCGGCAAGUUUUGAGGAUGACUACACAACAGUGUCCGUCUGUUACAAGGGCUUUGAACACAAAUUGGUGUUUGUUAUGCCAACAAACAUGAAGGAGUUUGAGGCGAAAAAGGGCCUUGAACAACUUAAAGACAUCGUUGUGGAUACCAUUCAAUCGUUCCCAGAAAAGAGAAAUGUGACAAUCCCAAAAUUCAGUGUCGAGUCUUCAUUUGAAAUGAACGAUCAAUUGAUGAAACUCGGACUCACAGACCCAUUCGGCUGUGCUGCUGAUUUUUCGAAAAUGUCCGACACAAAAACGUAUGUCUCGGCAGCAAUCCACAAAGCCGUUGUAAAAGUUGAUGAGGUUGGAACGGUCGCAGCUGCCGCCACUGGAAUUGCAAUGAACAGAUGCUGCAUGAGACCAAUGGCACCACCAAGAGAUGUCAUCAUCAACAAGCCUUAUUACUUUGCUAUUGUCGAAGGAAACAAUUUGCCACUUUUCUUUGGAAAAGUUUCACACCCAAAGUUUUAA